AUGAAAAAGCAAGAGGAGAGUAGCAAGAAAAGUAAAGAGCAGAAUAAACAACAGCCGAAAGAGGAGAAAGGUAAGAAACCAGUGAAUGGGAAAAGUCAGAAUGGUAGAUCAUCCCCUCAGAAGGAGAAAAGCAUGACGGUUGAUGGCGGUACGAAUAAAGCUAUCAAAUCUAAACCUGGAUCAAAAAUACCCCCAACCAAAGGAGGAAGGGCAGACACACCUAUAACAAAGCCUGUAAAAAAAAGAGGUGUCAUAGUGAGUGAAACAGAGGAGACUGAGGAAUCUGAGAGCGAAGGAGAGAGUUCAGUGGAGGAGAGCGAAGAGGAGGAGGAGGAGGAGCUAGUUUGUAUAGAGGAGACAACUGAGACAGAAGGGCUCGAGACAGAGGCGACACAGGAUAGCAGCGAAGAGGAGGUUGAGGUGUCAGACACGGAGAGAAGCACAGAGGGGCAGGUAAAGGAAGAAUCAGAAAAGGAACCUCAAGUAGAGGAGGAAUCAGAAAAAGAACCUUCAGUGCAAAUCAGGAAACGAGGGGAACUUGAAGAGGAGCCAAUCAGUACCAGUGAGGAAGAGGAAGAAUCAGUGGCAGUGACCAGCGAUGGGGGUGAAUCUGAGAAGGUAACUUCAAGGAAAAGAGGGUCGCCCAAGAAAGCCACCGCUGUACCACCGCUCAGUUUGACGACCAGCGUCAUUGCACCGACAGGGGGUCUGAAAUCCAAGAUGUUCAUGAAAAAAAAGGGCCAGGCUGAAGAGAAGGUUGACAAACCUAAGAAAGCCCAGAAACCCACGAAAGCAGAGAAAAAGAAAGCAGAGAAAGCAAAGAAAGCUGAGAAAAAGAAAGCAGAAAAAGCUGAGAAAAAAAAAGGGAAAGGGAAACACAAAGCUACUCCAGCAGAGGAAGAAGCCCAGAUUCUGAAAGAUGUCUCCCUCAGCAAGGCUGAUGCUGCAAAACACAAGGCCCAGAUCCUGAAGCUAGCCAAACAAACAAAAACCUCCAUCAAAGACAAGAAUGCUUCUUCUUCCCCAUUGGAGUCACAGGAGGAUGAGGCUGCCUCAACUUCAUCCAAAGCCCCUAAAGGCCCAUCACGGAUGAUGCUAUUGAAAUCAAAAGGAAAUGACCUCAAAACCUGUCUGGUUGAAGGAGAACAGGAACAAACGAAAGAGGAGCAACAAGAUGGUGAAGGAGAAGCCAAACAGGGGAGCAGGAAAAACAUUGGCCUGGUCCUGGGCAGAGUCAAGAUGGCAUCUGUUCGACAAAGGAGCAGUAAAAUGCUGGUCAAGCCUGGAGAGGAAGCAACUACAGCCAGGUCUACAGAUGCAGUCUCAGCCAAACCCACGGACAGUCUCAUCACUCGUAGGAAAGGUGUGACGAGUCUACGCCACGUCUCGGGUUGGAUCAGGGGGAAGAUGCCCAAAGGGUUCAACCUGAGGAGUAAACUGAAAGUAGUGACCCAGGCCAUUGGCUUCUCCCGUUGGCUCCCUCUCCAAGCCAUCAAACAGAGGGAGGGAGCCACCAGCUCCAAACACAGCCUGCUUAAACAUCGGAUGGCCAUGCGUGUGGCUAGUAAGACCAGCCUGGCCAGCAAGAAGAACCGAACCUCUGGAAACGGAGCCGAAGAUAAGUCCGCUAUCACCCAGAAGAGGCAAGCGGGGGAGUCUGGUGACGACCCCCACUCCACCUCCCCUCCAGCAGCCAUCGUGCUCCCCAGGAUGAACAAGCUGGGCAUGGGAAAGGCCAAAGGAAUCCUACCAGCCCAGCCAUCCCAGACUGCUCAGCCAGCCUCCUCCUCCACCCCAGGCUCCAGCACUGCUGUGGGAGCCACCCUCGAAGCCCCCAAGCCCCCCAAACCAGGAGCCAGACUGGUACUCCCAGUCAAACCAGACCUCACCCUCCUCAAGUCCAUAAAGAAGCCUGUUCCUGGAGCAGCACCAGAGCCAAGGAGGACUGAAAGUACAAAUGGGAGCACAGGACCACAGAGACCCACACCAGACACCAGCAACGAGGACAGGAAAAGGGAGGCGGCACUUAAAGGCAAUGAGGGUUUCAGCAUCCUCCAGGCAGCCAGGGGCAAACUGGGCAACGAUCAAUUCAAAUUGACCAAGCUAUCCAAGCCUCUUGCUAGUGCUGCAAUAGAAGUAGGACCCAGCCGUGGAGCUAUAGUCCCAGACAGGGAGACAGGAGCUGGGUUUGCCGGAUCCCCCACUGAUGGUACUGAGUCUGGAGAACCUGUCAGACUGACUGGAGAACCAGCCAGAGUUGGGUCUAGGGUGGGGUCGUACUAUGAAGAAGAGGCUGAUCGAGAGGUGGCCCAGCUGAUGGGAGGGGGGGGGCUGUACCCUGUCGGCCCUCUGGAGGUACACUGGGCUGGGACGACUCGCAUGAGCGGAGACCCCCAGGACUGGCUGCGAGCGGAUACCCUCCUGCCCCACCAGACAGUGGAGAAGCUGACCAAGUGGACGGUGUACGAGGAUGGGAACCAGGCCAGGACUGUACCCACCCACAACGGGAGAGGACCCUGGGAAUCUGAGGACCCUGCUCAGGACAUGCUGGAGAGUCGCCUCAACAACACAACGGUAGCGAUGCCAGGGUCUGACCAGGCUGUGGAGGUGGACGAGGUGGAGGAUCUAUCCCAGCUUGUGGAGGUGUGUGAGAGCUCUGUGCUGCUGAAUCUGAAGAAGAGGUUUCACCGUGACUCCAUCUACACGUACAUAGGUAACAUGCUGCUGUCACUUAACCCCUUCAAGCCCCUUAACCUCUACACUGAGGACCUCCGACAGCAGUACCAGGGCAAGGAGCAGAAACGCAACCCUCCCCAUGUCUAUGCCAUCGCCGAUGUAGCCUUCAGCCAAUCUCAGAGCUCACCACAAGAACAGUGCAUCGUCAUAAGUGGUCAGAGUGGAUCAGGUAAGACUGAGGCCACCAAGCUUAUAGUCCACUACCUCAGCUCCAUGUACCAAGGCAGGAACAACAACCUCAGACAGCCCAUGGAGGUGCUGCCGAUUCUAGAGAGUUUUGGUAAUGCCAAGACCAUCCUCAACAACAACUCCAGUCGCUUUGGCAAAUACCUUCACAUCCACAUUCUCCAGGGUGUGGUGGUGGGGACUUCGCUGUCAAAGUACCUUCUUGAGAAGUCACGCGUUGUCUUCCAGGCCAAUGAGGAGAGGAACUACCAUGUGUUCUAUGAGCUGCUGGCGGGGAUGAACGACUGGGAUAAACAGGAGCUCUAUCUGCAGGGAGCAGAGACAUACUACUACCUCAACCAAGGCGGGUCCUGUGAGCUGAAGGGGAAGCUGGACAAACAGGACUUCCUGUUGUUGGUCCAGUGCUUUGAGACGAUUGGUCUACAUGCCGACCAGAUCUCCACAGUCUGGGCCAUCCUCUCCUCCAUACUACAGCUGGGGAAUAUCUGCUUCAGUUCCUACGAGAGUGAGUCGUUUGAGGUGGCCCGUAUCUUCAGUGAGGCAGAGGCCAGGAGAGUAGGUUCUCUCUUGCAGGUGUCUUCAGAGGCCCUACAGACUGUCAUCACACACAAAGUCACGGAGACAACCUAUGACAGGAUAUACUGCCCCCUGUCUGUGGAAAGUGCCAUAGAAUCCAGAGAUGCCAUAGCCAAGGCCCUGUACUCUGUGUUGUUCGAUUGGCUGUUGGAGCAGAUCAAUGAUUGGCUGAGCCCCACAGAGAUGGACAGCACCGUGGGGAUAGUGGACAUCUACGGCUUUGAGGACCUGGGAGUGAACAGCUUUGAACAGCUGUGUAUUAACUUUGCCAACGAGCAGCUGCAGCACUUUGUCAACAAGGCUGUGGUGACCCAGGAACAGGAAGAGUACAGUACAGAGCAGAUCCAGUGGUACCCCGUCCCACUGCAGGACUUCCACUCCUGUCUAGACCUCAUCUCCUCCAGACCACAUGGUAUCCUCCGUAUACUGGAUGACCAGACCUGCCUGCCCCAGGCCACUGACCACACCUUUCUCCAAAAGUGCCACUAUCACCAUGGGAACAGCCCAUACUACACUAAGCCCAAGAUCCCUCUGCCUGUCUUCACUGUCUAUCACUACGCCGGAGCUGUCACGUACCAGGUCCAUAACUUUCUGAAUAAGAACCAUGAUCAGUUCCGUACAGAGGUGAUUGAGCUGUUUGCUAGGAGUAAACUGAAGAUGGUGUCAGGGUUGUUCCGUAAGGUGCAGGAUAAUUACCUGCAGCAGAGAGAGUUGGGCUGGAGGGGUAAAGGUCACAGGCAACAGCCCUCCACAGUGGCAGCACACUUCCAACAGUCCCUGACUGAGCUCACCACACGACUAGAGAGGUGUAAAACCACCUUUAUUCGGUGUUUCAAGCCAAAUUAUGUCAAGCUUCCCGGUAUCUUUGAUGUGGACUAUGUGUCAACCCAGCUGAGGCAUGCUGGGAUACUUGAGACCAUCACCAUCAGGAAGGAGGGAUUCCCCAUCCGCAUCCCAUUCUCCUUCUUUAUGGAGAGGUAUGGAAUCCUCCUGGUGGAGCGACCAGCCACCAUGUCUGAUAAGGAGCAGACCGUGGCUUUGCUGAACUUUGUAGGGGCUGAUGAGGGACAGUACCAGCUAGGACUCACUAAGACCCCUGUGUUGUUGUGUAAGACCCCUGUGUUGUUGUGUAAGACCCCUGUGUUGUUAUGUGUGUGGUGCGUGCAGGUGUUUCUGAAGGAGGUGCUGUACCAGCGUGUGGAGGACAAGUGGAACAGCACUCAGACCUGGGCUGCGGUUACCAUCCAGAGGAACAUCAGAGGGUUCAUUUGCAGACGCAACUUUAGGUUCUUCAAACAGAAGGCCAUUGUCAUCCAGAGUCACAUACGAGGACAUCAGGCCAGGCAGUAUUACAAGCGUCUGAGACUGUCCUUCACUCAGUUCUGGGCUGCAAUGAUGAUCACCAGGAACACUAUCAAGAGACGACAGUGGAGGGAACAAGAGAGGAACGAGAGGAGCACAGUGAAACCCACCACCACCACUGAGACUGAAGAUCACACCUCCACAGGAAUGGAUGUGGGAAUGUUGGAGAUCCCAGCUGAGCUGUCGGCCAGACUACGCAGCGCAGCAGGGCGGCAGCAUGGCUCUGGGGUAACAGAGGUGGCGCCUCCACAGGUGAAAGCAGGACACACCCUCACCCUGCCCCUCGAUAUAGACAGCUACCCCUUCUCACGAUACGCCAACACUACACUGAAGGAUGGCUGGUGUCAACCGCAGGGCUACUCCCUCCAGCGACCUCUGACCUAUCUGGAGCCUGAAGACGCUUGCAUCGCUCUGGAGAUCUACAAACUGAUCCUGCGCUUUGCAGGGGACAGUGAUCUGAGUGGCUGGCAGGAGCAGCUGUUGGGAAACUACAUCGUGGAGCAGGGCCUUACCAGACCCCCCCUGAGGGAUGAGAUCCUAGCCCAGAUAGCUUACACCACCUGGGGCAGGGAGUCGGAGGAGGGGUCCCUACGGGGCUGGUUGUUACUGGCCUGCUGCCUCAGUGCCUUCACCCCUUCCCCAGCCCUUGACAAAUCCUUGCUCAAGUAUGUGUCUGACAAGGGUCCAGGUGAAUAUCGCUCUCUGUGCCAGCACAAACUCCUCACCUCCCUCCACCUACCCUCCCCCACCUCCCGCCUCCACCCCCCCUCCCAGCUUGAGUGGACAACCAAUCAGAGGAGAGGAAAGAUGGUGCUGGACGUACACACCUUCAACGAGGAGAAGAUUACAGCUGAGGUAGAGUCCUGGACCACAGGAGAGCAGCUGGCCUCGUGGCUGCUCCACUUCAGAGGGUUAACUGAGGAUCCUCGGGGCUGGUCUGUGUCUCUGCUGGCUGAUGAGGGCUGGUCUGACCUGCCUGGAUGUGACUUUGUCAUGGACUUGUUGGCUGGAGCAGAGACUGAUACUACAGUGGGGACCGCACACACACACACUGACUACCUGUUCAACGACGAGGGAAACCGGAUGAUAGCAGAUCUAGAUGGGUUCAUCCCCCCGGCCCCCUCCAUGCAGGCCCCUGGUCUCCCCCAGCAGGAGGCCCCAUGGGACCGCGGAGACUACCAGCCAUCAGAGGGUUCUCGUGGUCGUCAGAUGGAUGCUUAUCUGGAUGACCUCUUUGACCCAGUGCUGGACCAGGGACCAGGGGACAGGGAGCGUAUGGCCAUGUUGAACAGGAGGAUGAGAGGAGGAGGAGGGAUGUAUGGAGCAGGUGUUCCAAUGACAAUGCCAGGUUAUUCUAUGGGAAUGCCGAUGAACCCUGCCAUGCAAGGCUACGGGGCUCAGAUGAUGCCAGGUAUGAUGCCAGCUGCCCCCAUGCCUAUGAUGCCAACCAUGAUGAUGCCCCAGCCAGCUGCACCAGCCGUGGACUCCCAGCAGAUGGCAGCGCAGCAGCAGGCUUUCAUCAACCAACAGGCCCUGCUCAUGGCCCAGCAGAUGACGAUGCAAGCCAUGACCAUGUCCCAGCAGCAGGCUCAGGAGCAGCAGCAGAGACAGGAGCAGCAGCAAAGACAGCAGCAGCAGAGACAGGAGCAGCAGCAGCAGAGACAGGAGCAGCAGCAGCAGCAGAGACAGGAGCAGAGACGCCAGGCUAACCGAACUGUCACACCCCCCCGCACCCCAUCACCCCCACCCCACACAAAUCCCCCCACCCCACCACCACUACGCACACCCAGCCAGAUGAAGCCACAGAUGCAGCACCAUAUACCUGAGCCGGAGAGGGAUGUGGACUUUGCCAGUCCAGACCAGCGUGAGUCUUUCAAGGUGAAGAGAGAGUUUUUCCAGAAGAUUGGUUCUCAGCCCAAGCCAGCAGCCAAACCGUUAAAGCCUCGCCCUGCUCCCAGCAGCCCCCCCAAACAGACCCGUCCCCGCUCCCCCUCUCCACCCCCAGCCCCCAGAACUUUGCAACCUCCCCCCUCUCCUCCUGCCAGAGACCCAUACCCCCCCAGCCCCCCGUCCUCCCCGCGCCGGCCCACCACCAGCAUCCGUGACAUCAUCAAACAAUACCAGAACCGCCCCGCCAGUGACCCCAGACCCUUCGAGCCCGUCAGGGUUCCAGCCCGGUCGUUUGUGAAGAAGAAUGAUCCUAAAGAGGAGGCCUUGGCGAUCCUCAUGAAUAAAGGACCUGUACAACCGCAGAGAAAGUGGGCCCCUCCUCCCCCGAUCCAGAGGGAGCCCCCCCGUCAGAGACAGCCUCCCCCAGCGUGGCAAUCCUCUUCUCCCUCCACCAGAGGGCCUCGCUCCAUCUCCAACAGCAUGAAGCAGAAACAGCGCUCCCUGGCCGACCUCUUUGGCACGCAGGGUCGUUCCAAGAACCUUCCGCCUGCUCCACCCGAGUCCACCCCUCCUUAUCCCCCAGCCAUCUUUGAAAGCUUGCCAGACCCUCCCGCCAAGCCUGCCCCCACACUCAAUCUGUCUGGGGAGGAGAGUGUUCGCUCCCAGCUCCACAGGUUCUCUGCCAGCGUCUAUUUCUCCAACUCUGCCAUGCCUGGCAAACUGUUCCUGCGCAAGGAGGUGUUUUACCCCAGAGAGAGGUUCAACCACCCCUACAUCCUCAAACUCCUUUGUGAGCAGAUCAUGAGAGACACGUACUCUGACACCUGUGUGAGGAUCACCAGAGAGGAUAGGAGGAAAAUGAAGGACCUACUAGCCAGUUUCCACGUGGGCACCAGUAUCAGCUCGCUUCAGGACGACACUAUGAAGAAGAGGAUCGUGAUGGCUGCCAGAGACAACUGGGAGAACUACUUCACACGACUGUUCCCUGUCAAAGGUGGUACCAGCGGGGACACCCAGCUGUUGGGCGUGUCUCAUCGUGGGAUUCGACUGAUGAAGGUGGCCAGAGCAUCAGGCAUAAUCCCCAAACACCUACGCCUGCUACGGAGCUACAGCUAUGCAGAGCUGCUGUCGGUGGAACUGCGGUCUGCAGACAUCGUGGAAUUCAGUCUAAAGGGAGAGCAGCUGCAGCUGCAGAGCAACAGGGCUGCACAGAUCACUGCCAUGGUCAGCCUGUUCCACCAAGAACUCAUCAAUGGCUCAGAUCAUAUGAUUGCCCUGAAGAGCUUUGUGACCGACGACAAGAGCCUGCUCAACUUCCGCAAGGGUGACAUCAUCAAACUGCUGCCCAUUGACGGCCUCCAGCCAGGUUGGUGUUUCGGUUCCAUCGGGGGGCGCUCCGGCCUUUUCCCCAUCGACGUCACUCAGCCGUCUGCCCCUCCUGACUACCACCACGUCCACCUUGACCGCCUCGACGAGAGGAGGAAGAGCAUGAGAGCCCCCAAGCCGCCCGCUGCCACCAGACCCCCAGCUCCCAGGUCCACUCCCCACACUGGCUCAGCAGAGCCCACCCGAGAGGGCUCCAUGCUGGGGUCAGCUCGUUCGGUCCAAGUAUCGGUCCAGGGCAGUGAGAUAAGUGAGGUCCAGACGUUCCAGAUGACAGAGUUUUCCAUGAAAUACUUCAGAGACACUACCACCAGAAUGGAAGGUAAAGGUCUGCUUAAUGGAGGUAUAAACUUCUCAGAGAUGCUUCAGUACACAGAGGUUCCUAUUCAGGAAUCCCUAAUCCUGUACAAUGAUCCUGAGCUCAAUGGCCUGGCUGUCCAGGCCUUCCUGAGUGUGAUGCAGUUCAUGGGAGACCAGCCUCUUGGGAGGCACAAGUCUGAGGGAGACUGUGUCAGCCAUAUCUUGAUGUUAGGGAAGGAGAAGGAGUUUCUGAGAGAUGAGAUUUACUGCCAGGUGGUCAAACAGAUCACAAACAAUACACACAAAGAGAGAUGUACCCGAGGUUGGCGUCUGUUGAACCUGGUAGUAGGGUUCUUCCCCUGCUCUGGCACUCUGAACCCCUACAUCACAUGUCAUCUACAAAACAUCAGCCAAGACCCCACACACCUCUACCAAGAGCUGUCUCAAAACUGUAAGGAGAACCUGUUCCGGACUCUGAUCCACGGAGGUCGCAGACACGUCCCCUCUCACGCAGAGAUGGAAGCCAUACUGGCUGGCAGACAAUCUCGUCUGUUCCCCAUCAAGCUGCCAGGUGGAGUGGAGUUCCUCUGUAAGAUACGCAGCUUCAGCGUGGCUCAGGAGGUGGUGGAAGAGCUGUGUACAGAGAUGGGCAUUCAGGAACCGUCAGAAGUCAAGGAGUUUUCUAUCCAUGCCAGCCGGGACAAGGAUGGGAUGGUGCGGCCUCUCCACCCAGAUGAGUACCUGUUUGACUUCCUAUUGGACGACGGCUCCAUCUUCCUGUCCUUCCACCGCGUCUUAUGGACACACCCACUUCACUUCGACAACGACCUCUACCUGGAGUUCCACUUCCAGCAGGUCCUGGGUAACUACCUGGAUGGCAAACUGCUGCUGCCAGGCAGUGGUGCCACUGUCGUCCAGCAGACGGCAGAGCUGGCUGUCCUGCAGCACCUGGCACAGGGCCUCACUCAAGAGCCUUCCGUGCUUGAACUGAAGGAGUACCUCCCCCAACAGGAAGGGGGCAGAACCAACCUGGAGCAGAUCCACACUAUCUUCCUCAGAGAGAUAACCGCCAUGCGCUCCCUCAGCCCCAGCGACGCCAAGGCACGCUUCCUCGAAUGCCUGAGCUCCCUGCCUCUGUUCGGUUCUAAUAUCUUCCUGGCUCAGAAGGUCAGCCAUCGCAGCUGCCCCUCGCCCUGCCUGGUGGCUGUCAACCAAGAAGGAGUGCUGUUCUGCCAUCCCACUACACAGGAGCGGGCAUUUAUGAUCCCAUUGGUGGAAGUGCAGUCACUGCGCUCAGUUAAACCCAAGAAAGACAAGAAGGUGCCUGGAGUGGAGAUCAACUACGGCAACCCAGGACUCCUAAAAACCAUCACCAUCCACCUCAAACAGGCCAAGAAGCUGUGCCACAUCAUUGCUGUCAUCAUGGAGGAGCUGGUUAGACCACCCAUCAAUAGCUCUGUCUCCAGCCGCAACCACUAGACACACACACACACACACACACACACACGCACACGCACACGCACACACACGCACACACACGCACACACACUUGCAGUUGGAUAGGAAAUGAGUUCUACAACUGUCAAUCAUUGAUUCAUAUAAGCAAUGAAAGCUAAUCACUUUCCACAUCUACUGUUCCUUCUCCUGUGUCAGUGAUACUCCAGUUGGUGAUUGAUUGAUGAAAAUGGUUGAGAAAUUAAUUCUAUCCACUGCAGGUUUUAUUUUCUCAAUUUCCCAACAAACACGCACUCAGAGAGGGAGCCUAUUGAUAAGCGGACCUGCACUGAUAAAUAUCAAAACAAAUCAAUGCCUUCAGAUUUUUAUCUAAAACAUUUCAUUAUUUAAAAAAACAUCACAGCCUUUGAAUACCAAUGAAUGUCCAAAUUUGAAUAUUGCUUUGUACGUGUUAGGUUUCCGUGCAAUAUAUCGUUAUAUAACCAAUUUAUCAAUGUGUUUCUUUGUAGUAAAUAUUUUUGUAAUUUAAAUAAAAUUAUUUUGUAGAUGGA